AUGGAUAACUCCGAACUCGUUGCACAGUUUUGUGCAGUUACACAGGCAGAUACAAGCACAGCCGAGCAGUAUCUCCAAGUCGCCGACGACAACCUCGAACAAGCCAUUACCUUGUUUUUAGAGGGCGGAGGAGUUUCUUUAGACAGUCAAAUUAGGGCUGCUAACCAAUCGAGUCAUAGUGCCGAGGAUAGCUCAUCUAAUGCUGAUAAUCACUCGGGUGGCAACACUUUGGAAGAUGAUGAGGCUCUUGUGCGGAGACUACAGGAGGAAGAGUAUCAAAAUCAUGAAAGCGUCAGAGAAAGAAUACAACCAGUUACUGAGACUUUGGUUGAACCCGAAUUUACUAAUUAUCAUCAUCGGCCAUUGGGUGUCUUUAACCAGCAAAUCCCAUCACAGAGACCAAUUAGUGCGUUCGACGAUAAUGAUAUGGACGAAGAGGAAGAUGAAAAUUCAGCCAAUGAAGAUGACCAUGCUACAUUCUCUUUAGAAGAUACAACAGGUAUAAGCAAUAUGACGACUGCCCAAUCUCGCUUGGCAACCAUUUUCCGACCUCCCUUUGACCUUAUCAAAAAUUUGGACCUUGACCAGGCAAAGGAAUAUGCUGAGAGCAAACAAAAGUGGCUGCUUGUUAAUAUUCAAAAUGUUGCCGAGUUUCAAUGCCAGGUUCUCAAUCGUGAUCUUUGGACAAAUCCUGGAGUUAAGACAGUUAUUAAAGAGAAUUUUGUUUUCGUUCAGUAUAAUCACGACUCUGUAGAAGGCAUGGAUUACAGACAAUACUACCCCUUUUCUUCCUUUCCUCAUGUCUCUGUUCUGGAUCCACGGACUGGUGAGCAGAUUAGAACGUGGGAUGUGAUUCCCAACGCAAACACAUUUACUGAGGAUCUUCUUGAGAUUCUUGCAAACUUUAGUCUUGACCCUACACACAAGAAUCCACCAUCUAAAAUUUCAAAGCGCAAGGUUGAUGUCAACCAUAUGACAGAAGAAGAUCAGAUACGUUAUGCAAUGAGAGCGUCGCUUGGGAAAAAUGGCGAUGAAACUUCUGGAGACGAAGAUGACGACAUGAUGAUGUAUGAAGGAGAUGACAAUUUUGAAGACCAAUUUGACGAUGAUGAUGACGAUUUUUAUGCUGUUGAGCGUUCUGAGGGUGAAGAAGAAGACGAGGAUGAUGACGAUUUAGAGAUUAUUGAUUCGAAACCAUCGAAACCAUCGAAACCAUCGAAACCAUCGAAACCAUCAAAACCAGAACAUUCGGAAAAAGCUCUAGAAUCAAGCUCUAUAGAAGAAGCCCCUAAGACACCUCCUCAGACUGAGGAGUCUCAUCCAUUGACUCAAGAAGAAAUUUUUGCAACAAUUCUUCCUGAAGACAUUCCUGAACCUGCACCUGGGAAAGACACCACACGGAUUCAGUUCCGUUUAGGAGAUGGACGACGAAUUAUUAGACGAUUUAGAAACACAGACACAGUGCGGGAUAUUUUUGCGCUGGUGAAACAUUUAGUGGAAGAUGCGCGCUACGAAUACUUUUCCUUGACAAGCGAGCGCAAAAAACUGAUUGAUAUGCUUGACAAGACUAUUGAAGAAGCUGGCCUUAAAAAUAGUACCAUUCUGGUAGAGAUUCUUGAAGAUUAG